UUCAUUUCCGCUUGAUGGACUAGCCAGGAUUUGUUGGUGCUCAGCAAUGGGGGAAAUAUUUGGGCUCACGAACAAAUUUAGUUCGUAUUCAAUGACACAACUAAACGAACUGCUCGAGGAUGAUGACAAGCUUAAUGAAAUUGUCAAAGACAUGGACGAGAUGCAGGAGAUGCAGCAGAGUAAAGAGAUGACCCUCGCCAGUAACCGCAGUCUUGCAGAGCAGAACCUCAGCCUCCAGCCCAGUUUGGAACAACAGAAAAUGCAGCUAAUCAAGCGCUACUGCUUUUUACAGGAGCUCUACGAGGCCUACCAGCUUAGUAAAUGCACUCUCGAUCACAACUCAGGGAAAAGCUCACUGGACACACUGUUAGCUCUGCUACAAGCUGAAGGAGCCAAAAUCGAAGAGGAAACAGAGAACAUGGCCGACUCCUUCCUUGAUGGCGAUUUGUCGCUGGACACCUUCAUCGAAUCCUAUCAGAGCAAGAGAAAGCUGGCCCAUUUGCGGCGAGUGAAGAUUGAUAAGCUACAGGAGAUGGUGCUUAAGUGUUUCCAGAUGCCACAUUCAUCAGUCAAGCAUGCUCAGUCUGAGACUGCACCCUUUCAUGGCCAGGUUAAUGGCUCCCCGGUUCCCAUGAUUGCAGCACCUUCAACCUCAGUGCAGUUGACAGGGCAGCAGGCGGCUUUACCCUACCCAGCAAUUCCUUACCCUCCUGUCCAAAUGCCCAACAUGGUGCCAUCCUACCCAGCUCCCCUGACACAGCCGUACACACCAGCAUUUCCUCAGAGGUCUGAUCUUCCCCCGAGGACUGGCUUCAUCAUGCAGUGAAAUAAUACUCAAAUAUUUGCAAAUGUAAAUGAAUAACCCGGGCAUUUUCCCUGUUGCUAAAAAAGAAGUUUGUAUGUAAGCACUUUGGUCUUGUACAGGUUUAUCCUCGAGUGUUGAUGGAUUAUUAUAAACUGUUCUCACAUUUUUUUUAAUGUGUAACCGCAGUCAGUAUGUUUUUCCGCAGGACAUGGCUUACUUUUGUAGAUGUAUACAGAAAAUGGACUAGUCCAUGUUCAACUAAAUAGAAUUGAAGUCUCUAAAGAAAAUAAUCCUUUACAAAUAGCUUGGAAGUCAUAACCGUCAAAUAAUAGCACUGGAUCUGCAAGAAUGACUAUUUCUUCGUGUAACCAUUUUUUAUAUGGUGAAAGACCGUGGUCAAUUUAAACAUCUCAGAAACACCGAAAUACUUAUUAGAAAUUAAUUAAAAAAAAAUUCUUCUUAAAACUGUGGUCAAUUUAAACAUUUCAGAAGAACCGAAUUACUUUAGAAAUGAAUUAAUUUCUUACAUAAUUAAUUAAAUACAUUAAUUUAAUAAAUUUGCAACAUUUUGCGGGGAAUAUAAAUUACAUAAUAAAGGAAUAUGCUGUGCAUGUAAGUAAAUAAGUAUGAUACUUUGUCUACCAUAUUUCAACUAAAAUUUGGGAUUCAACUGACCAGCAACCAAAGACACUUUUCCUUUCCCCUCUAAAACAAGAUUUUAUUUUAUUUUUGGUUUUUGUGGUAUUGUGAUUUAAACAUGCAAAAAAAAAAAAACAUUUCAGUACAUAUGCAGUUAGUCAUUUCUAUUUUAAUCUUCGUUAAGGCUGUAACGUAACAAUUAGAGGUAGCACAUAAAAGUCAUUAAACUACAAACCUAUUUGAUUCAAAUCGUGAAUCCUGUUACAGGACUUGCAUGUCCUGUUAUAAAUGACAUUUGUACUAUGCAUCUCUUUCUAAACUUCCCCGCUGUUAUUCCAUCCAGCAGUGGAUCUCUAGGUGCCUGUACAAAGUCAUGGCAUGUUGUACAGGAUUAAAUGUGUUCUAGCUAUGGGCAAGUCUCAAAAUCUAUAUAUUUGUCAAGAAAUACUGUACCUGCUGUGUGAUUUCUUAUCAGUUUUUGUCUUUGAUGAAAUUAUUGAUCAUGAAAAAAUCUUGCUGCAUUCAAAUGAACAGCCAUAACUAAAGUGUGCCUUGGAGAAAUGUUUAGUUGAUUUUUUUUUUCUCCCAUUGUUCAGUUUUUCUUUAGUGUCAGUUUUAGGUAGUGUCUUUACAGGUGUCUUUACGGAAUAAUGCAAAGUCCUCGGUACUCUGUGGUACACUACAUAAAACACUUAAGUAUAGUAUGUUUCAAUUGUUUUCAAGUGGUGAACUUUUGAAGGUGUGUGACUUUUAUAAAAAUGCUAAUUAAAAGAAAAUCAGACAAGUCUA